AACAGGAGAGUCGCCAUCCGAUGAGCGAUCGGAGCUCAGCGAGGGUAGGGAUGAGGCGGGCUGUAGACUAGCCUCGCUUGUCGCAGAGUGGCCAGACUGGACCUUAUCUUCAGAGCGAGUGGGCGAGGGCUGUUGAGGCCCAGUGGCGGUGGCAUCGUCCUGGGCGAGGCCAUGCAAAUUGGGAGGGACGUCGCAAACGAACAGCAGGUCCUGGUCUUGCACAGCAGGUCCUGGUCUUGCGGUAGCGUGACCGUGGCUUCAUGGCGCUCGCCGACGUACGCAUUGAGGCGAAGCGUCGAUGGUGGUUCUUGCAUGGAGACGGUUGUUGUAGUGGGGAAGUCCCGAUUGUUGCCUCCCGCACCUCGUCAUCCGUCUCAAGGCGUCACGUUGCGCGCACGCUUCCGAGGUUGGCUGACCAUGCCUUCCGUCUGCAUCCUGAGACGACUCCGAACCUCCGUCGAGGAGCUCCCUCGCUUGCCCAGCAGGCAACAACGCGUCUGUCGGUGCAGGUCCCGCGAAGGCCGCGGCCACAAAGGGAGUGAUGGGCACAACUCACCUGCCGCCCCCAGCAACAACUUGCCUUCUGGCAUGACAUGCGAGGACGUCACAGUUAAUAGGAGCAUGGCGUCCAUGUUGCCGUCAAGUCGUGCAUGCAACAUCAGGGCGAGCGGAACAGAGGUUUCCGGCAGCCGGCAAGCGAUAGCCCGGCAACGCCGUAGACGUUACUUGUACUGCUGGACUAUCGAAUACAUGGUCAUACGUGACACUGGUGAUGACAGUUCCGACAAGGAUGCCGAACAGCUCAUGUUCGCAGUGGACAGAGGCACACACAGACGGUGCAGGGAACUUUCCAAUCCUACAAGACCUGAGGGCAGAGACGUUGCGAAGUCUGAGCCGGUGGUGAGUGACAGUGAUCCGCUCGUCACAUUGUCGCAUAAUGGGCUGGGGCUGAGAUAUCGCGCGUCCGUGAUAGAUCGGGUAUGGCUCGGAUCUCGGGGCUUGUCUGCGUGCGGGUCAGGCAGCUACCACCGCGGUCAGCGGGCAGGAAGAGCACGCCCGUGUCGUCGUUAGUUCCGGUGCAUGCAGCGUGCGUGCAACAUGCGUGGUGUCGUGUGGAUUAGCAUGCGGAGAUGGCAUACUAUGUCUGUUCGGUUCGGCCUCUCGGCCGACAUCUCGCCCGCC